UGGCAUGAAGACACAUUUUAGCAUGUCUGCUUUAUUGUCGUUAUUUCUGGUUAAAAAAUUUUUUUGUUUGUUUGUUUUAAGAUAUGGUAGGUCAGGUGAUCAGGUGUACCUUGAAUUAGUUCAGAAUAUGACCUAGAUGAUCAUCUUGCGGGUCUCAGGGAGAAAAACAGUAAGAAUCUUUGAAGUUUUUGGAAACAUGCCUACUGAUGUUAUCGAGCGCGGACCAGGACAGUCACGUGACUUCUCUUUCUACAACGCAGGCUUCAGAUGAGUGAAUCAAAUGAGUCGAAACAGGAAUUACAGCAUUUUUACAGAUGAAGCUCUGAGGAACUGUUGACUGCAUCCAGUCUGAUCUUGGACAUGGUUGCAGUUGGUAUUGGCAUCUUUGGGUGCAUUUGGCACAACAACUGAAUUUUAUUUUAUUCCAUUAUUAUUAUUAUUUUUAAUUAUUUUAUUUGAUCUUAUUUUGCAUUAUUUUACAGAAUUUCACAGAAAUUGCCUCUCUCACUGCGUCAUGUUAGGUCAUGCCCUACCCCCGCCUACUUGGCACGAGGCUCAUGGGAAACGUUGUUUUCAGUCUGAACUAAUGUCGCAUGUGUGAUGUCAGCUCAGCAGGAAUGGUGUAAGUAUGUAGCACCCUGCACCUAUAAUAAACCAUUAGACGCUUGUAGUUACUUUUGUUUGUUUGUUUGUUUGUUUACAUGUUUACAUGUUUCAUGCAUGGUUUAUAGCGCACACUCAGUGUAUUCACUACUUGCUUCAGAUUUGUAGUGAUUUGGACUUUGUUUUGUCGUCAAAACUUUUUCCUAGUGUGUGUUUGGAGUGUAAACAGGGAGUUCUGGCGCCCUCUCCUGGAUUAAAUAUGAUAUGUACAUCAUAUCCAUUAGACUUGAAUGCUGCACUGUUAUUGACUUGUUCACAACAAAUGUUCAAGUGUUUAAGACUUGUUUUUUUUUUUUUUUAUUUAACUGCGUGAAAUUAUAAUUGUGUAAGAAUCAUAGAUGAAAGCAGUUGGGCUUGUGUACUGAAACAGUCUUUUAAUAAAAUUAAGUGUUUUUCUAUUAAUUUUUGUUGUUCCCACACUAAAUGUAUGCCUAUUUUACAGUCAUGUAUUUUAUUCAAACUGUCUAUGAUCUUAACUUCCACUUGAUUCUAAGAGAGAUGAUUCACAUUCCCCCACACUGAGAGAAUGGUGCCAGAGAUAAUCUGCAGAUUUGACAGCAUGGCUCCUUGACUUCUUCCCAUGUGAACGAUCCAAAUUUUGGUCAUUUCAAGUAGAUGAUCAUGGAAGACUCUGUCGACAUCAUCCUUCAAGACAAAACGUUACAUCAUGCUCAUGAAAAGCCGAUUGUCAUGGCUGCUUCAGGAACUAUGCUUAUGGCCUCUUACGGUCUCUGGACAGUUUUUGCACUGCCUGGUUUUCGAAAAGUGCCAACAAGUCUAAAGGUGCCGUACUUGCCCUCGAGCAGGGUGCAGACACAGAAUGUUAUGAGGCUCUUGCAGGGCAGAGGAGGCUGUUUGGCAGAUCUGGGUUCUGGAAACGGAAGACUGGUGUUUGCUGCCUCGUCAUUGGGCUUCCAGUGUACUGGCUUUGAAAUAAACUCCAUUCUGAUAGGCUAUGCCAGAGCCAGAGCAAAGUGGAUGGGAAUUCCAACUUCUGCAGCAAGAUUUGUGAAUGAGGACUUCUGGAAGACUGAUUUGUCCCGAUAUAAGAACUUGACAGUCUUCUUGGCGCCUGGAGUGAUGGAAGUGCUAGGCAGAAAGUUGGAGCAGGAGUUGGCUCAUGAUGCCAGAGUGAUCGCCUGUCGUUUCCCGUUCCCUCACUGGCAUGCUUCAGCAUCAGAGGGACAAGGACUGGACCAGGCCUGGGCCUAUGACAUGGCUACAGUUCGCAAACCCCCAACUUGAGCUCCAGCAAAUCACUGCAAGUGAUUUUCACUACUACCAAAUGGAUAUUUUCAGACCCACAACACUUAUUGUAUUGAAUUGAAUUGUUAUAUAAAGCUUGCUGACUCUGAUUUCAACAUUAGAACAGUGACCUGAACAUAGGUUGUUUUUUUAUUAUUAUUAUUAUUGAGUGGAAGUAAGAAUAUUGGAAGUUGCAUAAUCUUAGUCAGAAUGUUUUAUGUUAAAUACUGUAUAUGAGGCACGCCGAGUCUCUGUGGCUGAAUUCUGUAAAAUAGCCCAAAUUAUGAAAAAUUGGGGUUUCCACAAAUCUGUUUUUUUUCUGCCAGUAAUAUACUUUGAUAUCUCUACUUUAAGAAAACAUAAAUCUAUUUAUUUAACGACAUAGAAAUGUUUUAUUUAGGCCUUCUAGCCUUGCCUUACCUGCACAAAUCAUGUAGAGUAUGGGGCUAAAUUAACAAAAACAGCAGUAAAUGCAGUCAGUCAGUUUUCAUUAAGAUGUUUAAAACCUUGCUGGAUAAGAUUUGAUCGAGUUUUUGGAUAGAAAAUGAGCCAUGGUAAGCCAUAGUACCCCUAAACCUAAAAAUAAGAUUUUUUUUUUUUUAAAGUGACUCACCUUGGAUGGAUGAUUUCAUAAUUGAAAAGAGAAACUUUCUGAAUCUGUCCUUAAAUUUAAUUCAGAACAAACCUAGUUAAUGUUACUGAUGAAGAAAAUAGUUUGAAUUGUUAUAGUAUAUGAGAUCAUGACAGUGCAAAUCAGUACUCAAUUACUGAAAUCCCACUUAUGUCUAACUGUAACAAAUGCAAGCCAGUUUAAUUUAGCUAGCCUGCCUGCUAACUAAAUUAGCUAAUAUUAUUAAUGAAAACAGGUUUGUAUUGGUCAAGAUACAUUAGAUUUAAUGCUGGUAAUAUGUUCAGGGAAACUUCAACCCCAUAAGGUUCUGGCUUUUUGCUCACUUUCAAGUAUAUUAUUCAUUAACUACUCUUAUUUGUUCUGAUGAAGCUUAAACUGAUACUAGAUCACUUUAGGUGCAGUGACACAACACCAAAAAGUGUUUUAUAGACAAAGUGCAGAUGGAGGACCAUCUGUCAUGAAAGAAAAGGGGAUGCAUGUGUAAGCAAACAAAUGUAGCAAAAGCUCAGGUGAUCAGCAAACCAGCAGGAACAGGGAAAAACCUAAAUGAACAAAGUAAUAAGCAAAGCUAGAGACCAAGCCAGAGAGAUACAGGAAUACAAACAGUUCAGUUGUGUCACAGGUGAAAAUGCUGAUGCAAUACUUUACAAAGUAACAAUCCAGAGUAUAUGAAUGGUGUGUGAUGAUUGGAAAUUGGUGUGUUAGAUUAAAAUUGACUGUGAACAAGUUGUUGCUUGUGAUUCUUCUGACUGAUCAUGGGAUGUUGUCUGCUGACUAGGUGCUUGGUUGAGAACCACGGGUAGUGUGAUUCGACUAAGUGCAAUUGUAACUGGGCAAAAAUGCUGGCACAACAGUAACUACUCACCCCUUCCCCAAGAGUAGAAUUUUCUUUUGGGCCACCUCUGGGUCAGAGAACUGGAUGUCAUAACACAUUACCACUGUACAGUAACUACAGUGAAAUUAAUAGUUAUAUAUAUAAAAUAAGGUCUAUGAAAUAGAGGAGUGUAAAUCUAGAUCAGCUGAUGGGUCAUAGUUGUUUAGGGAGUUAAAAUGCAAAAUUGUUGAGCGCAACUCACAAGCUAAAAUUAGUUUUGCUCUUACUGAAAGAUUGGAGACAUCACACUGACAAAGCUCAACUUCUUUUGUCCAUUUGCUGCUUAUGUAAAAUGAUAUUACUCAUAUAAUAAAAUGAGUAAUAAUUAAGAGGUGGAAAGUUGAAAUGAAUCUUGGAGCACGGCUAGUAUUUGGAUGGUUUUCACACAACACAAAAAAGACGGGCUGUGAUGCUUCAUAUGAAGCUCCUGCUGCUGGAAAAAUAAAUUUUUGUCUUUAGUCUUUUAUUUCACCUUUUUCCAAUUCCGUCUUCAGAAAUAGGGUUAUAUAACUACAUAACUUAGAUGACCUAUUUCAAUUUUGCUAUUAAAAUACAUUGGCCCAUCAGCUCAGCUCAAUCUCCUCUAACAUUGUGCUGCUGAGAGGUCAGUGAUACUGCACACUCAACUGAUUAUAAAGACUCCAUGUAUAAAUGCUGUAUCUCUCAUCGAGGUGUGUGAAAACCUGAAUACAGUCAAUUGUAAUGAGCAUAAAUGGCUCAAGAUUAAAUGACAUUAGAAUCUUGAUAACACUGCUCUACCAGAGCAGACUAAUGAAUGAGAAACAUACAUGAGACUCCAUUAAUGCCUGAUGAGCUUGAUAAAGCAUUUAAUCAUAUGCCUAAUAAUAAAGCCAAGAGCCUAAGAGAGCAAAUGUGGCCAUACUCUCUGGGUAGGAGGAAUGACUUUACUUUGUCUCCUAACAAUCAUAAUGACUAAUACUAAUAAAUCUGUGAACUCAUGUGCAGUAUGUGGAAGAGGGCAUUUAGCAUUUUCCUUUGAGUGUGUUCAGUUGCCUUGAGAGCAGCCCUGUGUUGGCUGGCUUCACAUGUCUCUGAGGAAGCAUGUUAGCACUUACUCUCCUCAGUUGGCUGUCACAUGAUAUGGGAGUGCUAGCUAGUGAGGAACUGGCAAAUAAUCAAAUUGGGAGAAAAUGGGGUUUAAAAAAUCUUACUGAAUAACAUCCUGGUAACAUGUGCCGACUUAGUACAGAACUAUAGUAUUAUGAACUUCUUUUGUCCUAAAAAAAACACCACCACCACAAAUGGACAUAAUUUAGAAUCCGGUCCAAGUGGUGUGGCUCAUGUGCAUGACCCAGGGCAGGAGGCAGACACAGUUCAGACAUGUCUAUUUUCUCUUCUCUCCAUGGGCCAUCUGAUGCCUCCAACCACUCAAGAACCAUGGUUUAUAAUUAUCAUGCUUAUUCUGAUAUAGUUUAAACUGAUACAAGAUCAAUGUGGGUGCAGUGACACAACUCCAAAAAGUUCCAAAAAGUCCAGAUGGAGGACCAGUUGUCAUGAUUCACAGAAAAAGGAAUACAAGUGUAAGCAAACAAAAGUAGCAAAUGGUCAGGCGAUCAGCAAACCAGCAUGAAUGGGAAAAAACCCAAAUGAACAAAUUAAUAAGCAAAGCUAGAGUCAAAGCCAGAGAGAUACAGGAAUACAAACAACAGUUCAGUUGUGUCACAGGUGCAAAUGCUGAUGCAAGACUUUGCAAAGCAACAGUCUGGCAUUUAUGAAUGGUGUGUGAUAAUUGGAAAUCGGUGUGUUUGAUUAGAAUUCUGGUGAUUGUGAACAUGAAUUGGUUGCUUGUGAUUCUUCUGACUGAUCAUUGGAUGUUGUCUGCUGACUUGGCGCUUGGUUGAGAACCAUGGGUAGUAUAAUUUGACUAAGUGCAAUUGUGAAUGGGAAAAAAAUGCUGGCACAACAGUAACCACCAAUUUCCCAAGAGUAAAUUUUUCUUUUGGGCCACCUCUGGCUCAGAGAACUGGAUGGUCUGGUUGUCAUGUGUAGAACUCCUGGAUCAGUAUAGGAUCCAAAAUAACUUGUGCUGGGACCCAGCAUUGUUCCUCAAGGCCUUGAAACUCCUAGUCAGUCAGGUACUGCACUUUUCCACUGCAACAAUGAGGGUCCAGGAUGACUCUUACUGUGUGUGUGGUUCUUUGAUGUCUAGUGGAGGUGGUGGUGCUUCAGCUUGAGAUACUUCAUCCAAUGAACCAGGGAAUGUGGGUUUGAGGAGAGGAAUAUAGAAACUUGGUGACAAGCCAUACUAAUGUGAUAAUUGCAACUUAUAUAUAACCUUUAUGUGCUGCACAAUCUUGAAAGGGCUAAUGUAUCUGGGCAUCAGAUUUUACUGGAUAUCUGUGGGCCUCAUCCCAA